GCCGGGGAUAUAGGCUCCCCCGCUCCGGCUCGGCUCAGCUCCGCCGCUCCCCGUUGCCUCCUCGCCGCGCGAUGACUUUGCUCCGUGCGGAGCGCACCGGCGGCAGCUCGCGGCUCCCCGAGACCCGCGCGGGGUGGCGGACAGCGCUCCGCCUCCUCCUCCUCCUGCUGGGCGCUCUGCUGAAGCCCCAGGAAUCCCUGGCUCAACCUUCUCCCAUCCAGGACAGCUUGAAGUCAGAAGGAAAGACCGUGGAAGAUUAUAAGACAAAUGCCCUACUUUGCUGGCAAGGUUAUAAGAUGUAUAUGGACUCCAUUGAAAAGGAUUGGUGUGACUGGACCGUGAUUAGCAGGCCUUAUAGUGAACUUCGGGAUUGCUUGGAGCAUGAGGCGGAGGAGUUUGGCCUGGGCUUCCCCAAUCCCUGGGCAGAGAAGAUCAUCUUUGAUACCCACCUGAUUCACUUUGCCAACUGCUCCCUGGUGCAGCCCAGCUUCUCUGAUCCCCCGGAGGAUGUGCUCUUGGCCAUGAUCAUAGCCCCCAUCUGCCUCAUCCCCUUCCUUGUCACUCUUGUGGUAUGGAGGAGUAAAGACAGUGAGACCCAGGCCUAGGGUAGCCUGAACUUCAAAACCUUCAUGUUACUUCUCUCUCCUCCCCUCCCUACCCACUUUUCUCACUCUCACCCCCACUGCAAAUCCUUGGCACAAGUUCUGUAAUCUUCAAAAUAAAAUUUCUGUUUUUUUGUACAA